AUGACAACUCUUUCGCAGAAGCAGUGUGGACCAGAUUUGAUGUGUGAUCAAGAUACCAUGAAAUGUGAACCAAAGUCAAUUGUAAUGUCCAAAUUGUUUCCUGAAGAUGGAAAUAAAUUAAUUUCUCAGCAUCAUUCUAUUCCUGACACUGUUCGUUGCAAUGGUUCUGUAUGUUUCUGUGUUUAUGAAGGAGAACAACUUCACAGAUAUGAACUUUUAAAGCAAGAACACAUUGCUCCAUACUCUUGCAAAUGUGCCGCUGUCAUGGAAAAAUACGAAAGAAAGAAGCUUAUCGGCAGACUGUUUGCUUGUGACAAACAAGGCAACUAUAAAAAGAAGCAAUGCAUAGGUUCUACUACAAUUGCUAGAUCUUCCCAGCAGAAUUCCACAAGAGAUAAGGUCAGUACAAUGGUGGAGAAACAAGUGUCAGAUGUUUCUGAUAAUGGGAAGGUAACUGUUGAUGAAGCAAUUGCCCCGAAGAGAAAAUUACACCUCAUAGGUGGAAUUGCAUUAAUUGUUGGCACCAUGAUUGGUUCGGGCAUUUUUAUAUCGCCUAAAGGCGUACUCCAGGCCAGUAAAUCCGUUGGACUUAGCAUGAUCAUAUGGUUAGGGUGUGGUGUAAUUUCAAUGCUUUCAUCUCUUGCUUAUAUCGAACUUGGUACCCUGAUCACCAUGUCAGGUGGUGAGUUUUCCUACUUAUGUGAGGGUCUGUGUCCUCUCCUUGCUUACCUUUACGCCUGGUCAAGCGUAAUCAUCCUUAGACCGGCAUCAAUGGCAGUCAUAUGUUUGACUUUCGCCGAGUAUGUCGCAGCGAUUUGUUUCGAUGAAUGUGGACCCCCAAUCAUCUUUGUCAAGUGUUUGGCAGCAGCCGCAAUAAUUUUCAUCACCGCUGUCAACUGCUACAGCGUCGAGUUAGCUGUCCGUAUCCAGGUGUUUUUCACUGUGGCGAAAAUUGUUGCUUUACUGAUCAUCAUCAUUGGGGGUUUCGUAUAUAUUGGUAAAGGUGUCUUAAACGAUCUCCCCGAAGGCUUUCAAGGCUCUCAGACGUCUCCCUCUGUUAUAGCAUUAGCGUUUUAUGACGGUCUUUGGGCUUACGAUGGUUGGAAUAAUCUUAACUUUGCUGUUGAAGAAAUAUAUGAUCCUUACAGAAACCUUCCCUUGGCAAUAUUGAUUGGAAUUCCAUUAGUAACCAUUCUCUACCUUUUAACCAAUGUGUCUUACUUGGCAGUGAUGAGUAAAGUUGAUUUAUUGGCCGCAGCAACUGUCGGGGGAACUUGGGCAAACCGAGUACUGGGUACCGCGGCAAUUAUUAUUCCAAUCUCUGUGGCAUUCUCAACAUUUGGGGCGGCGAAUGGCAGUUGUUUUACAUGCAGCAGGCUAGCUUAUGCGGCCGCACGUGAAGGUCACCUGCCAGAAGUCUUGGCACAUCUGCACGUGACGAAGAAAACUCCAAUUUUAUCGUUAUUAGUAACGAGUUUUAUUUCCCUGUGUAUGAUUUUUCCCAGCAACGUUUCUUCAUUGAUUGACUUCUUCAGUUUCACUGCAUGGUUCUUCUACGGUUGUGCUUUCCUUUCUCUUAUUGUCAUGCGCUUUACCAAGAAGAAUGCGAACAGACCAUUCAAGGUAUUUAUUCUCAUCCCAGUGGUUAUGUUGAUAAUAUCCAUUUAUCUUGUGAUUGCACCAAUCGUCAAAGACCCGGAAAUCGGACUUCUGUAUGCAUUUCUAAUAACCAUUGGUGGACUCAUAUUUUACUUCCCUUUUGUAUAUUUCAAGUGGUACCCUCCUUACAUGGAUGAAAUCACAUCAUUCUUCCAGUUAGUCUUCGAGGUUGGACCAACAAAAUAUGAAUCUUUUAAAGAAGAAGAACGGGGCUAA